ACUCUAGAGACCUCAGUCGCACUGCUGUCGAUGCCUUUGCGCGAUGCCAGGGUUGCUGCUCCGCGCCACGGCGAUAGGCUCCUCGUCCAGAAGCCAGCCCACAGAAAAUAAAGGGUGGACACUUUAUAGAACUUUCAGCAGCGCACUGAGCGCAGCAGUCUCUCACCUGACGAGACAACCGUAUCUUGGUUUGUGACUAGUUCUAGGAUUUCACUUUUUAUUGUAUUUUUGGUGCAGGUUUUUAAUAAGCGAGCAAUCAUGAAUCAUUUUAACCCCCAAGUGGAAGCAUGCCCAUCCUCAAGAACCUCCCAGCGCGGCUGAAGGGAGGCAGCAGGGUGAACGGGGAGUUGGAGAACACGCGUGGCGAGCUGAUCCUUCGCAAGAUGAGCCUGAAGUUGAAAUCCAGCGCCUUUGAGGUGCCCAGUGACAGUGAGGAAUGGACUCAGGCGCACUCACUCCUGGACGGGGGCACACCACGAGACCGUAACCCCUUCGAGGACGAGGAGGAUGAGAAUGAGGCGAACGAGGAGAGACGUGGCGGCUCAGGGAGGAGUUCGUUCAAGGGCACCCUGGAACGCAUCCGAGGCGUGUCCCCGCUGAAGACUCUGGGCAAGCUGGGCAAGGGGCUCCGUAUGUCAGGCCGCAGUAAGGGCACUGCCACCCCUUCCCCUCAGGGGUCCGUUGCAAGCACCCCCACCUCAGAGAAGAAGAAGAAGGGCCGACGGAGCUCAGAGGGAAGCUUACUCAGAUUUGCAGGGAAGUGCAGGGAGAGCCUUCGCAAGGAAAGCCUGCCCAACGGGGAGCUGUGCUCAGAGAGCGAGGGGGGCGACUCUUCCAGCCGCCGGCUCUCCUUCAUGAAGAUGGUGGGCCUGGGCAAGCUGAAUAGGGGGUCCAUGGCCGACCACUCGUCUCAUGAAGAGGAGGUGGUGGAGGAGGAAGUGGUGGAGGAGGUGAAGCCAAGGGAGCCCCUCUCAGUUCUAGAAAUUCUGCAGCUGGUGACUAAGAGAGACCUGUUCCUGGCUGACACACACAUCCUGGAGCUGGAGCAGGAGUGUAACGAGGCGGCCGCAGCGACCCUGCCCUCAUCGCCAGCAGGUGGUGCUGUCCCAGAGGACCUCAACAGCCCCGGGAGCAAAGACGGCGGCAGGCGCAAAGCCAAAGACGUGGAGCUGCUGUACGAAGCCCUGCAGAAGGAGCUGUGGGCGGUGGUGCGUGAGUCGCUGCGCUCCCCCACGGCGGGGCCCAACCUGGGGCUGGUGGUGCAGGUUCUGCAGCAGGAGGAGCAGGCGGACCGGGACUGGGCGCAGGGUGAGGGGGCGCUGCCCGGAGGCCCCAGACCCAGGCAGCUGAAGCAGCGGUGGAAGGAGGCGGUGGCGGAGGCAGCAAACGGGAGCCUGCCCCAGAGGAACGAGGCCCAGGGCGGGGAGCUGGCGGACUACCUGGACAGGGUGCGGACCCGGGUGGUGGAGGACCUGGGGGCGGCCAAGAGGAAUGUGGUGCCAGUGUACCCAGAGGAGUACGAACCCUUCCAGGUGUACCUACAGAGCUACCACCAGGCGGUGGCCCGCAGACUGCAGAGCAUCACUGACGACCAGCUGCUGAUCACAGAUAUCUACUCUCUGCUGGACUGGCUCUACAACAUCUAUAACAAGGACGUCCUUGGAACAGUCAGCGUGACGACGCCCUUCAACAGGUCCCAGCUGGGGCCGUUGUUGCCCUCGGAGACCGUGGACAAACUGGAGCUGGACUGUCUCAACUCUGUCAGGGAGAAGGUGACCACAGAGCUGUCUCAGGUGCUGGACGAGGAGGAGAAGCGUUGGAUGGAGACGCUGCACAUUGAGGAGUAUCAGAUCACGCUGGCUCGCACCGUCAUCCAGAGGCUGCAGGUAGAUCUUGAGCAGUCAGCUGCCAUCGACAGAAACCUGGGUUCCCUUGUGGCUCAGUGCAGUCUGAAUGGUCUCGCUGACUUCCUGUACAGCUUCCAAAGGAAAGUGGAGAUGUUCCAUGAGGGUCUGGUCAACAUGGUUGGGGAUAACGAGGAUGGAUAUGUCUCCAAGACCAUUGCCCUGGUCAACUGCUGUCUCCCUUUCAGGGGUUUUGCCCAGCGCUGUGUGCAGUGCGACCCUGCCAUCAAUGAGGACUCAGCCAGGCGAGCAAACACUUCCCUGGACAGAAUAGUCAACCAGGGAGUGAAGGUGCUGAGUGACAGACUGUAUGAGCGCAUAAGGCCCUUCUUUGACAAGCUGGUGAAGAGGAAGUGGCUGAACAACACAGAGACCUAUGAGCAAAUCGAGUCCCAUAUUAAGGAACACUUCAAGAAGUUCCGCAGGAUGGACAGCCCACCCUAUCAGGUCCUGGUGGGAGAGGUGCAUAGACGGGUUCUGAUGGAAUACCUGCGCUCCCUCAUGAGGGGGAGGAUCAUCUGCACGUCACUCAGAAUGAGGAAGAGGAUGGCUGGACGACUGCGUGAUGAGGGCAAGCAGGUCAAAGUGCUCUUCAAAGAUCUGGAAUCUCCCUCCUCCUGGCUGGACAGUGCUAUACCACACCUCUCUGAGAUCAUCCUCCUGGAAGACAUCCCCUCCAUCCAAAUGGAGGUGGGGGUCCUGGUGAGGGAGUUCCCAGACAUUCGGAAGAAACAUGUGUCGGCCAUCUUGAACAUCCGUGGGAUGACUCGGCAGACGGAGCGCCAGGAGAUCCUGAACAUCGUGAAGGACAUUGAGAACAGUGACACCCUGACGCGGCUGUCCCGCGACCGCGCCCUCUUCUCCGAGGUGCCCGUCACAUCCGAGGUGCACUGCCUGAACUUGGGCCUGAGCCGUAUCGCCCUCACCGCCUCCUCCUGCUUCUCCAGCCUGAGACGGCGGCGUACCAAGAGAGGCCCGGUCAGAGAGGCGUACGACGACAUGCUCUAACGGCCCUAACUGCUCUGGAAACGGCCCUAACUAACGGCCCUAACUGCUCUAAGUCACAAUGGAGCUUGUUGUCAAGUUCUGCACAUGGUAGCAAUACCAGGGGUGGACAGCAUAACACAUUGAGGAAGUGGAACAACACAUGGAAAGAAUAGCCAUGUUGUGACCUUUCACAGCCACCUUGAUAAAGAAAGUGUGAUGACUGUUUCCCUUGUGAGCGAUAUGCCUAGUCCUUGCAAGACUGGGAAAGAGCUUUCAUAAGUGCAACCAUACAGAGGAAAAUAUAAAAAUACCCAUUUAAGAGGACUUUUGGACUUGAAUCCCUGUGGGUUGUUGGCAUUGACUCCUUUUGACAAAGGGCAGUGGAAAGAGACACAAACAACCUAUUGGAGAAGAUUCUGAAUACUGCACCUAGGUGACUAUGAGGGUUAGAUAGGAACUAUGGUUUAAAUCAGUUCCACUGAUCAAGAGCACUGUUUGGAAUAAAUCAAAAUGUCACAUACAAUCCCAUAACGUGCUGACAUUGAUAUGGGUAAGGUUGGAGUCUGUUUUGUAGUUGCACAUGAUAAAAGCUUGAUCUAAGGUACUACACCAUUUUUAUUAUCUGUCAUCUCUGUGGUGACUGUCAUUGUAUUUAAAAUAAAAGAUUCAUAGUUUAUUUUCAUUUUGUGACAUACAGUAUAUGGGCUAAUGUAUGUUGAGCAACUCAAGAGAAGAUUGAAGCCUGUGUGAGUGGAUGAAAUCAUAACUGCCUAUUUAUGUACCAAGCAAUGAACUUAUUUAUUUUAGUGUGGUUUGAGUGUCUUGUAAUCAAUGUCGAACUGUAAAUCCAAGUCAAAUUAAUGUAUGAUCAUUCCAAGCUUGUGUUUUCUCCGGGUUUUGUCAAAUGCUGAGACCCUGACUAAAAUAAUCCGACAGCCAUCAUUGAAGAUUAAGAUAAAGAUUAUUUUCAGCUGUGUACUUUUACCUAUGUAAAUUAAACAAUGAAUAAUUACUAUUCUUCAUGAUUGUUGACAACAUAAAUAUUCUAAUCCUCAGAUAAUUAGAUUGAUACUUGCACCUUUUAAUUUUUUUUUUAUAUCAGCCUUAUUUUUUAUUUUUUUAAAUCAACUAGCAGACAUUUUGGACUGAGACUUCUCCAACUGUUCUUUGGUCACACACUGAUUUAAAACGUUUCAUCUGUUCACCUGAUGUUCCAUAAUUGAACAGCUGGAUGUAAUAAUCUAUCUGCUUUGAAAUCGUACAUAAAUCAUCUAAUUAAAUGAGAAUAAACGACAACAGA